AUGUUUACUAAAGAAGAAAUCAUCUUGACUAUUAUAAUGGCUGGAGAAUCCAUAAUAGGCAUUUUGGCAAAUGGGUAUAUUGGACUAAUCUUCUGGAUCGACUCUGUUAAGAAGAAAAAGAUCCCCUCAUUUAACUACAUCCUCACAAAUCUGGCUGUUUCCAGAAUUUGUUUGCUCUUCAUAAUAGUAGUAGGUGACAUUGUACUGAUACUCUAUCCAGAUUUUUAUGAAAAUGUUAAACUAGUGAUAGUAUUGAGUGUCUUCUGGAUAUUCACCAACUACUCGAGUUUGUGGUUUGCCACCUGCCUCAACGUCUUCUAUUUACUGAAGAUAGCAAAUUUCUCCAGCCCACUUUUCCUCUGGCUAAAAUGGAGAAUUGACAGGGCGACUUUCUGGAUCCUGCUGCUGGGCUUGGCCGUUUGCUCCUUGAGCAGCUGUCUGACAGCAAUACCGAAUUUUUAUAAAGACAGUUAUGGGUUUACAGAACAUCAAAGAAACGUCACUGAAAUGUUCCAUGUGAGUGAAAUUGAAUAUUUAGACCCAUCAGACUUCUUUAACCUUUUGGCAAUUGUCCCAAUUGCUGUGUCAUUGAUUUCAUUUUUCCUGUUAAUUUUGUCUCUGUGGAGACAUAUCAAGCAAAUGAAACUCAAUGCUUCAGGCUGGAGAGACCCCAGCACAGAAGCCCAUAUUACUGCCAUGAAAAAUGUGACUUCUUUUCUCUUCCUCCUUUUCCUGUACUAUGGGGCUUGUCUUUUAGUAACUUACAGUAACCUAAUGAGAGGAAACAUAGUUUCGGGGCUUGGAAAGAUUAUAGAGAUUCUCUACCCGACUGGCCACUCUCUUAUUUUAAUUAUUGGAAAUAGCAAGCUGAAACAAGCAUUUGUCAGGAUACUGAGAUGUGGUGGGGGUGUGAGGGGAACAGCCUGCCUAAUGUAA